AUGCAUUUCGCCAACCUCGCCCUCGCCGCCAUGGCUACGGUCGGCCUUGCCGCCCCCGCGACCAAGCGUGACAUUCUGCCCACCGUUGUCUUCACCCCCGGAGCUUGGCACGGAACCUGGGCCUUCGACACGGUCCGCUCUCAGCUCGAGGUGCUUGGGUAUCCCACAGAGGCCGUGGCGCUGCCCUCCGUCGGCAAUACCAAUGCCUCCGUUGGCGUGGCUGAGGAUGCUGCUGCUCUCGCGGCCGAGCUGGCCACGCUCACCGAUGCCGGAAAGAAUGUCGUCAUGGUGUGCCACAGCUAUGGUGGCGUAGUCGCAUCCGUUGCUGCUGAGGGAUAUGGGUAUAAGGACCGAUCGGCCGCCGGGCUUGGUGGUGGGGUUAUCAUGUUGGUCUACAUGACUGCCUUCGCGGUGCCGGCUCAGACCAGUCUCCUCGACGCUCUCGGCGGCGAGUACCUGUGGUGGAUGAGCCCAGAUGCCAGCGGCGAAUUCAUCACCGCGGUCAACGGAAGUCAGGUCUUCUACGCUGAUGUGGCAAACGAGACCCUCGUUGAGGAAGCCGUCGCUGCUCUCAAGCCUGAGCCUGCCCGUAUCUUCUCCGACGACAACACAUACGAACCCUGGAACAACGGUGUGGAGGUCGGCUUUUUCUUCACCGAGCAGGACCAGGCCAUCCCACUCGCAACUCAGCAAUCCAUGACGGCUCAGUUCCCAAGUGGCUAUGUCUCUUACACCAUGAACAGCUCUCAUUCGCCGUUCAUGAGCAUGCCGGAGAAGGUGACCGAGGGCGUUGUGCUUGCUGCCACCGCGGGUCUGACAAAGAUGCUUCUGUAG